AAGAGUCAUGAGUUUUGUUUUCUUUUUCCAGAUUCAACAUUAGAAAAUGGUUACAUGUCCCACAAAUGUAAUACUGAAGUGGCUUGAACAUCUGAAUAGUUCCUGGGCCUUGGAAGACAGUGAAUCUACAGCAACGAGGGAAGGUGCUUCUGCAUUGUAUGAAAAGUUGCUCCAUAACAAAGAAGUGGUAGGGAUAUCCCAGCAGGCCCAACACUUGCUUGAUCCUCGCUUACCAGAUUUUGAACAUGAGUCUUCAGCUGUGGAAGAACGUGAGCAGUAUCUCUCUGCACUACUCAACAGCCAACAGAAUUUGGCCAAAACAGUCUUUGGAAAUACACCUUUUGCUGUUGCCUUACACAUGCGAUUACUGUCUCUUCAAAGAAUAUUUUAUGCACUUUCUAACAAAUAUCAUGACCGGUUCAGACCAGAACGUCAAGUAGAAAGGCAAAGUUCUGACAGCAGAUUAGAUCCGAAAGAUGCGUUGGUCAGGAAUACAAAAAUAAAAACGGGUACUGAUGUUUUAAUUGAGAUGGGAGUUAAGACUGGCCUAAGCCUACUGUUUGCACUAAUUCAACAGAACUGGCAACAGUCAAAGUUAGAUCCAAGUUUGAGCCUGUGCAAUGAUGUUUUGUGCACAGCCUGCACAAUUAUCAAUUCUCUACCUCCACUUUCUCUAGCAAAUGAAAAUAAAAUCCCACAGGUAGGUUUGGACUGCCUCACACAAGUUACAACAUUUUUGAAGAAGAUGACCAUGCCCUGUUCUGGUGCUGACAUGCAAGGGCGAAGAUUGGCUUCAGAGCUACUGUUGGGUCUUGCAGUACAGCGUGGAUCUUUGAAGUUUCUACUUGAAUGGAUUGAAGUGGCAUUAGCUGCUUCAGCAGCAGCUGCUAAUGCAUCAGAAAAAGAAGGAAUGAUUGGAUACGAUUGUUUUUUAAAAUCAUUGGAACAGCUGAAACAUUCUUCGAAUGCAUACGUGGAUAAUCUACAGAAUCAAGAGCUCAAGAAGACUCCAGAUGGGCUGUGUUCUCUUUCCAAUGCAGCAAUUUGUCUUUUUGAAGAGGUUUGCAGGUUAGCCUUAGACUGCCUACGCAGCACCAGCUCUCAGAACUCUCAAAGCCAUGACAGCGAAACGAGCACAGUGUACGUUUGGGGCAGUAACAGUAGUCAUCAGUUGGCAGAAGGAACACUGGAGAAAAUUUUACAACCUAAAUUAGCUCACGGAUUUGCUAAUGCGCAGACGAUUGAAGCUGGACAGUACUGCACAUUUGCAAUUUCAGAAGAUGGUUAUGUAAAGGCUUGUGGAAAAGGUAGCUAUGGCAGACUUGGACUUGGUGACUCAAAUAAUCAGUCGGCACCAAAAAAGCUCACAUUUGAACCUCAUCGCAACAUUCGUAAAAUCUCAUCCUCAAAAGGUUCAGAUGGGCACACGCUAGCAGUAACUGCAGAAGGAGAUAUAUUCAGCUGGGGAGAUGGCGAUUAUGGGAAACUUGGACAUGGAAAUAGCGCAACACAGAAAUAUCCCAAACUGAUUCAAGGACCAUUACUAGGAAAGAUUGUAGUCUGUGUAUCAGCAGGAUACAGGCACAGUGCAUCGGUGACAUCUGAUGGAGAGCUUUACACAUGGGGAGAGGGAGACUUUGGCAGACUUGGACACAGUGACAGCCAUAGUCGUAACUUACCAACUCUUGUGAAAGAUAUUAGUAGCGUUGGCCAAGUAGCUUGUGGCAGCUCCCAUACUAUUGCUGUGUCUCAGGAUGGACGAACAGUAUGGUCAUUUGGCGGAGGAGACAAUGGUAAACUUGGUCAUGGGGAAACAAACAGAGUGUACAGACCAAAGGUAAUUGAAUGUUUGCAAGGACUGUACGUUAGGAAGGUGUGUGCUGGGAGCCAAUCUUCGCUUGCAUUGACUUCUGCUGGACAGGUAUUUGCAUGGGGCUGCGGCUCUUGUCUGGGAAGUGGUUCUUCAGAGACUACAGCUCUUCGACCACGUCUAAUUGAGGAACUGAAUUCAACCAAAAUCAUUGAUAUUUCAUGUGGAGAUAGUCAUUGCUUGGCUCUAACACAUGAUAACGAAGUUUAUGCUUGGGGUAAUAACGCAAUGGGCCAGUGUGGACAAGGACAUACAUCAACUCCAAUUGCUAAACCAAAGAAAGUAAUUGGUUUGGAGGGAAUACCUAUACAGCAAAUCACUGCAGGAACUUCCCACAGCCUGGCUUGGACAGCUGCUCCAACAGAUAGACAACUGGUAGCCUGGCACAGGCCUUUCUGCGUUGAUCUGGAAGAAAGUACAUUUAGUUAUUUGCGAACAUUUUUGGAUAGGUACUGUGAUGGAAUUAACAAUGAGGUGCCUCCGCAGCCUUUCUUUUCUCAAAGGGAACAUCAUCAUUUUGUGUAUCUUUGUUUGAAGUUACUUUCCACUCAUCUUUCCCUGGCUCAAGCUGGAGGUACUGGAGCUGCUGUUCUCGGGCAACAGGGUAGACCACUAAGGAACUUGCUUUUUCGGCUAAUAGAUUCGGAUGUUCCAAAUUCUAUUGAAGAGGCAGUCAAUGAAACUCUUUCAGUUGGUGCAUCUUUAUUGCUGCCUCCACUCAGGGAACGUACUGAACUUUUACAUAAUCUGCUACCUCAAGGUCCAGAGAAAUGGGAAAGUUUAUCAAAAGGACAAAGAAUGCAGUUGGAUAUAAUACUGACUAGCCUACAAGACCAGUCCCACAUCGCAUCCCUAUUGGGUUACAGCUCACCCACUGACAUAACAGAAGGCUUCUCACAAAGCUGCUUUCCUGAUCAGGACUCAUCCAACCCAGGGAUUAUCGACAACUUUCACUUAGCAGAAAUUCUUCUAAAAACUCUUUUAAGGAACAUCGGUUUUUACACGGAACGUGCUUUUGGUGAGUUGGAGAAGAACAGUGAUAAGCAACAAAGUAGUACAACACGUACAGAAAGUGGACCACCCUCCCAUGUCCGUCAGUUGCUCUCUGCAUUGCAUAAACAUUUGCUGGCUCACUGUUACUCACGUUCUACUGCUAAGGAUCACUUGAGCGUAGAUUUGCUGCAUAAACACGUGAACUUGCUGCUGCUAUAUGCAUCUGAUACCUACAGGCGAUCUGCUGUUCUUCUGAAAGAAAGCUUACUAGAUAAAAGUGUCACAGCAAAACUACAUGGUAUUCUUUUUAACUCUGCGGCUGGAAGUGUGUUGUGUCAAGUGAUCUACUCCCUUCUAUUGUUACCUGUUAGCAUUGUGCGACCUUUACUGGGCAAUCUUCUAGAUCUGCUCCAACCACUUGAUCAUCUAAUCCGGCUUUUACCAGCUGCUAUGUCAUUGGAGGAGCAGGAACUUGAAUGGGCAAUGCAUGAAUCUGAAAACAGUCCAGAAAAAUCCAUUUCAACUGAUGCUAAGUCUUGGAUUUGGCUAAUUGAUAUGGAACGGACGAUUUCCUUCACUGUCGGGCAAUGUCUUGGAGAAAUGCUGCAAGGUCCUAUUUGUUCAGUGGAAGAAGGGAAUUCUGCAUACUGGCUACAAAGCCAACUCCUCAGCAAUGGACUUGAAAUUGACUCUGAGCAACUUGAUUUACUCAUGAAUUGUCUCACUGGAAAAGCGUUGGCUGGCUCUAUGGAACGGAAGUCUUUUGAGUUCCGAGUUUCUGAAGACACUGCAGCACUUAUAGAUAUCGCAUUGGGUACCUCAGUAGAACCAGGGUACAAAAUCUGGAGGAGAAUGCAGGUUUACGCCAACAGCAGUGAAUGGGAACAUGGUACAAAUGGAGAUCAUUUGUUGGACACAGUGUCCCGUUUUGUUCUUGCAGUAUUACUCAAGCACACAGGAUUAUUUCAAGAGGCGUGCAAAGAUGACCGGUGCCACCCCAGUGAGGGACUUGUGGAAGUUUAUCAAUGUGUCUACAAGGUUAGAAGUACACUACUGUCUCAAAAGAAUGUUGUCUAUAAUACUGCAGAGGUGCAGCUGCCCACUUGGCCCAGACAGCUUUCAGAUGUCUCCAAUAAUGUUGAAGAUGAACCGAGAGAAAGCUGUAGUACCACUGAACAAACAGCAAACAUUAGACAAUCAGAGGAACCACAAUACAACCCGGAAAGAGAGAUUGUGCUAUUGGACACGGAGGAUUUCCCAAAGAUAAGCAAGGUUUUAGAGUGUUUCCUAGCUCGAAAGGCUGCUUGUCAUCAUGAAAAUGAAACUGUAUAUGAAUACUCGGGCACAAGUAGCCGACCUAACAGUACAGGCAGCGUGGAAAUUCCAGAAGCCGAAAAUACUCCGAAAGAAAAAAGAAGGGAUUCAGAAGAGCAAUAUUCCUUUAUAUCCAUGUGCCACUAUGUAAUUUUACGCUGUGCCUUCCUCAUUCUUGGAGUACGGGCCGUAUGGCUGGGAAAAGGAUGGCAAGAAGAGCCAACAUUAGCUAAAACUAGGAAAGGAAGUUCUAUGCAAGAGGAGCAGUCAUCCCGGGCAAGACUCAGACAGAAUCAAAGUGACUGUGAUGCAAGGAAGCAAGUGAAUAAAGAAUUUUCUGAAGGUCAGUCAAGAAUGCAGUCAAGAUCAUCUGAGCACACAUUAGGAGUGCCAUUGUGUUCAUUGGGCAUUAUGAAAGAUGCAUGGCAACUGCUACGGCAAUGUAUCAGCCCACCAGAGAAUUCCAAGGCUACUACGUUUGCACCUUUGUUGAAUGACAUCUUUCAAUUCCUCUGUGGACACCUUACUCGGACUUCAAACCUGGUAGAACAAGAAUUGGGCAAACGUUCUGACCCUAAGGCAAUUAUUACAGCGAUGGGUCACCAGCAGCAAAGGGCAGAGCUCCGUCUUGAAGCCCUUUGCCAGAUUUCAACUUUUCUCUCUGAAAUGGAGGGUAAAGCUGGCUCCUCAUUGGAUAGUUCAGGACUGUCAGUAAAGUCAACUGGUCUUCUACUGACAGUACAAUUGCAGUUUUUAACUGGCUGCUUUGAUCUGGGAACAGCAAACACAAAAAGCACUAAACAGAAUUGUGGAAAACUCCAGCAUUAUACGGAUAUAACACAGGCUGCCCAUGGAAAUACACAGAUUGAGCUCCAGGCUUCAGCACAUAAACUUUAUCAACAUUUGGUUUCUUCUCUGAAACGAGGACUUGCAACUGGAAAGGAAUUCUCAGGCUCAAUAGAUUGUAGACAUGAUCCACCUGAGAAUCCACCUCCGGUUGCUGUUCCCUUGCUAGAAAUGGGGUUUUCUUUGAGACACAUUUGCAAAGCUGUUGAUGCUGCAGGUGUUUCUGGGGAUGCAGAUCCACAAUUGAUUGAACAGCUAGCCAGCUGGAUGCUGGAACAUCCACUAGCAGAGGAACAGGAAGUCAUUGUUUACUCCUCAGCAACAAUUGAGAAUGAUUUGGAGGUACCUGUGGAGUCUGAGGUUAUAGUACACAAUCGUGCAACAAGACCUGUAUCUCCAGAAGCUGUUGACAGGGAAGAUGCAAUUGAAGGAACAACAGAUGGUUUGGAUCAGAUAGAAAGAGGAAAUUUUAUAGACGUGCAUUUGACUAGAAAUAGACCUCCACCUGCUCGAAGACGUAGAGCGAGUCAAGGACAGCGGUCUACAUUUAGAGGAGCUGGAUCUAGAUCUCCUCAGCUGGUUCAGUCAACAUUAAGAAGAGAGCAUGGGACUGCAGGAUGGCAGGAAGUUGAUGCUAUGUCUGACCGAAAUCUGGAUGGAGAGUUAGAGCUCUGUUUUUCUGAGGAUCCACUGUCUGAAGGUUCUGUUGAAGAUAUGUUUCCUUCUGAAUGUGGGACUGAAAAUGAGCCACAAGGCAUGUGGUUUUCUGAGAUGAUAGAUUGGCCUAACAUGUGCCAGGACAGCUCGGAUGCAGAGGAGAUCGUCGUUUGUGAACUGUGUGAUACUCAUACAAUGCAGUUCAAUAGUCACAUGAAGAGACAUCACCCUGGUUGUGGAGAGAGUGCAGGUCACUUGGGAUAUCGGAGUAAUGGAGCCUAUGUUGAUGGUUGGUUUGGAGGAGAGUGUGGCACAGGGAGCCCAUACUACCUGAUGUGUAACAGUUGCCGUGCAAAAUACUUAGCAGAAAAACCAAGACACAAGCAAGCCAAAUUAAAUCGCAAAACCAAAGGAUUAGCGCCUGAUUUAAUCAACAAGCAUGAAAAUACACCUGAAGAGGACUGGGACAUAUUAGAUUCAGAAGGAAAUGAGCGGCUGACAGGACAGGAAGAUUUUGCUGCAUUAGCUGGGCCGCUCGGGUUGAAUGACAACAAAUUGAUUCCAGAUCCAGUUCAAUUUCCAGAACAGGAUCCUCUUGGAGCAUCAGUUGCCACUGAUAACACACACGAAAUGCUUUUAAAUAAAGGUUUAAAUAGGUCUGAUGAGAAAACAAACACCAAACUGACUCUGGGUGAACAAGCUACAUCUCUCCGGGAUACCCAGGAAAGAAUUUUUGCUCUACAGCGUAUCACAGUGGCUAUGCAAAUUCUUUUAGCACAUACCAUGGUUAUGAAAGCUUUAUCGUUGAUCUCGGUCAGUGGUUCCAUGUGCAGUCAGACAAGUGGCCUGGAAGCUCUUGGAUUAACUGAUAUCCGUGUCUUGGUUCGGUUAAUGUGUCUUGCUGCUGCAGGAAGAGCUCAACUGGCAAAUAAUGGAACCGAAUAUUUAUGUUCAAAUAAUCAACUUAGACCUUCAAAAGGAACAUUGUGGAAUACAAACUCUUGCCUGGCUUAUAUGAGUUCAGCUAUUGGCUGCCUAGUGGCUAAAAGUCCUACUGCUUAUAGAGUGUUAGUUGAUGUUUGCACUCAGGAUUUGAUUGCUGCUGCAACAGGGCUGCAUGUAGGUAUGAUCCGUGACUCCCAGCAGAAGAACAGAGUGUUUCACCUUUUCCAUAGACCAGUAAAAGACAACAAACUUUCUGGUUCUCCCAACUUUCUGGUAACUCAAGCCUUAGUUGAACUGCUCACUGAAAAAGGUUUCCGGCAUCAGUCCAGUCGUGACAAGGAAGAGACAGAACCCAGGGAUGCAGCUUCAAAUACUACUACAUCUCCCUAUUAUUCGUCAUCACACGUAGGACCCUUAGAACUGGCCAAUGCACUUGCAGCAUGUUGCUUAUCAGGGAGACUGAGUUCUGGACAUCGUCAGUGGGCUGCACAGCAUCUUGUACAGGCCUUGUCAGUGUCAGAAAGGAGCAACCAGUUCAGGCCGCAAACCUAUGCAGAUUUAGCAGGGGAUCUCCGGAAAUGUCCAACUGUUAAACUGGAAGCACACGAGAACCGGGUUGCAAGUUGUUCCUGGUCAAUUGGAAAGUCUUUGCUAGCCACGAGUGCCCUGGAUGGAACCAUUCGCCUCUGGACUUUAACAAAAAACACAGUUGCUUUAAAGCAAACAAUUUGUUUUAAAACUUGUGAAGACUCUGAUAAGAGGCCGAGUACACCUACAGGUGACAUCAAUUUGUCUCCUGUUCACUGGAGUGCAAGUGGUGGAUUCUUGGCUGCUUCACAAGACAAAAUAAUCAACAUCUAUCAUGUGGAUGGAAACCAAAUCCAUGUGAAGGUUCAGCCUUCCUGGAUAACAGCUAUAACCUGGGCAGAUGUUCAAACGCCACUUGUAAGCAAAAGCAAUAACAAACAAGCGGAGUUUCUAUUAGUGGGUCGGCUGGAUGGAUCAAUUGGCUGCAUCGAAGUUACAGAAGUAUCCGUUUCUGAUCCAAUUGACCUCAUGCAUUGUCAGAGGAAAGAUGUUGCUGUUCAGUGCAUUGCUUGGUACAGUGAAGACAAACCCAUUGCAGUUGGAUACUCCGAUGGAAAAAUAUUACUUGCAGCAAGAGAGCCGCAUAAUUCAGAAGAAUCUGUGAUAAUUGAUUCAUUUCAGGAAAGUUUAACUUGCCUAAAAUGGGACCCAACUGGACACCUGCUGCUUGCUGUUGCCAGAGAAGAGAUGGUGAAAAUCUGGGGAAGAGUAGGCAGUGCUUGGCUUGCAGUCCAAACUCUGUUCCAUUCAGCACUGGUUAAUACUUCAGCAUGGUGUUCACUUCCAGGGAAAGGUCAGGAUCCAAGGCUAAUGCUUGCAGUGGGUUGUCAAAAUGGCUUAGUUUAUGUUUGGACACUACCACAAGGUGGUACUGCUGUAUCAUUACCAAACCUCUUGCAUUCUCCUGAUAUACAAGAAAGACAUGAGGAGAAAUUUCAAUUCAGAGGUAGAGCCAAGUGUGUGUUUCGACUGAACGCUCAUAUAACUGCAGUGAUGUUGGUGUCCUUCAAUACUGAUGGUUUAACACUUCUGUCUGGAGGGAUUGGGGGAUUGAUAAAUAUCUGGUCUUUGCAGGAUGGUUCAGUUCUACAGACAGUGGUGACUGGUUUGGGAUCAGUAGUUGGCGUAUCCUGGAUUCCAGAUAUUGGAGUAGCAGCUUGCUCCAGCCGAUCAAAGGAUGUCCUCUUAAUCAGGUGUUGCCCAGAGUGGAUCUCUCAGAACCACAUUCUAGCAUCCUGCCGAAUGGCUCUCCGAACACAGGGUAUCAUAGGACUGAAUAAGGCUCCCUGUAUGAAGGCUUUUAUCGAAAGAUUGCAUUUACUGCUGCGCGCACAAUAUAUAUAUGAAAAGCCCCAUGUGACCUGUGGAGAUCAACUCGUACACAGUACCUUCCUGCAAAGUUUGGCCUCCCUCACUGUAGGUCUAUGUUUGGACCAGUUCCUUACCAGAACAGCAGAACCACCUCAUCAUAAAAACAGUAACCUGGAGCCAGUUUCUUCAGAAUGGAGUUGGCUAGCAACUUACUCUGCUACUAUUAAAAGUGCUGAAGCUCUGGCCAAAGGAACUGCCUUCCCGGAAACCUUCAGUGUUCCAGACCUCAACCAGGAUUCAGAUUCAGAAGCCAUCAAAGCACUGGAGAACAAUAAGUGGAGUUGUUUAAUGGAUGAGCAGCUUAUGACCUGGGCCACAUCUAAACCAGAGGACUGGCAGCUUGGUGGUAAAAGUGAUGUGUUCUUAUGGGGAGGUGGACGUCAUGGACAGCUAGCUGAUGCUGGAAACAGUGCUUUAGUACCUACACUUGCUCCAUCACUGACACAAGCUUUGCAGGUGGUGUGUGGACAGAACUGUACGUUCCUCGUUCAAGCAAAUGGGACAGUUGUAGCUUUUGGGGAAGGUAGUUAUGGACGCUUGGGUCAAGGAAAUUCUGAUGACCUCCACACUCCUACGGUUAUUGCAGCAUUGCAGGGUUAUGUUGUAACUCACUUAGUCACUUCAUGUGGAUCAGAUGGUCAUUCUAUGGCUUUAACUGAGAGUGGUGAAGUUUUCAGCUGGGGAGAUGGUGAUUAUGGAAAGCUUGGACAUGGAAACAGUGAAAGACAGCGCAGACCUAGACAAAUUGAAGCACUGCAGGGAGAAGACGUAGUGCAGCUGUCUUGUGGAUUUAAGCAUUCAGCUGUGGUAACAGCUGAUGGAAAACUUUUCACAUUCGGGAGUGGAGAUUAUGGAAGGUUGGGCCUCAGGAGUACAUCUAACAAAAUGCUACCUGAAAAAGUGACUGCACUGGAGGAUUACUCAAUAGGACAGGUUGCUUGUGGGUUGAAUCACACUCUGGUCGUCUCAUCAGAUGGAAUGAUAGUCUGGUCAUUUGGUGAUGGAGACUAUGGCAAAUUGGGUUUAGGGGCUUGUACUGUUAAAUGCUGUCCCCAGAAAAUUGAAAAUCUUUGUAAUAAAGGAGUGAAGAAAGUAGCUUGUGGAACCCAGUUUUCUGUUGUACUGACAACGGAUGGUCAUGUGUACACUUUUGGACAAGAACGACUUAUAGGUUUGCCGGAUUCAAUGCUGCGGAAUCACAAUCGUCCACAGCAAGUCCCAGCAUUAGAAGGAAUGUUUGUUGAAGACAUUGCAGUGGGAUCGGAACAUACACUGGCUUUGUGCUCUACUGGGGAUAUGUAUGCCUGGGGAUGUAAUGCUGAAGGCCAGCUUGGUCUAAACCAUACCAACCAAGUAAAAGAGCCAACGCUGGUUGCUACACUUCGGGGGAAGAAUAUUCGUCAGAUUUCAGCUGGUCGAUGUCACAGUGCUGCAUGGACCACACCCCCUCUUUCAGCUUCAACUCCAGGUAACACCAUUCCUGUUCAGCUCGGUAUACCACAAAUGAUACCUCCACAAUACAGCGUACUGAAGGAGUGCAGCCCAGAAGUCCUGACAGAUAGGUUACGGAUUCUGUUUCACUUCUCUGAUCUAAUGUAUAAGUCUUGGCGAUUGCUGAAUCUCCACUCUAACCAUCAGACUAAUAUUUCCCGGUAUAAUAUUGGAGCUGCAGCGAUUGCUCAAGGUCGAUUGAGAGGUCUUCUGUCUCCAAAAGUCAACAUUCUGCCACUAGUGCGAUCAAUAGGAAAAACUAUGAUUCAAGGAAAGACCUAUGGGCCUCAGAUCACCGUGAAGAGAAUUACUGCAAGGGGCCGAUCAACCAAACCUAUCUUCAUUCAGAUUGCCAAGCAAGUUGUCCAGCUCAAUGCGUCUGAACUGAGACUUCCAUCCCGAGCCUGGAAAGUGAAGUUGAUUGGGGAAGGUGCCGAUGAUGCUGGUGGGGUAUUUGAUGAUACAAUUACAGAAAUGUGCCAGGAAUUGGAGACAGGAGUGGUCGAUCUGCUGAUUGCAACACCAAACGGCACCGCAGAAGUUGGUAGCAAUAGAGACAGAUUCUUGCUUAACCCAUCAGCUUGUACCACUGAACAUCUCCAGCAGUUUAAGUUUCUGGGAAUCCUGAUGGCUGUGGCUAUUCGAACCAAGAAACCAUUGGAUCUACACCUGGCACCAUUUGUAUGGAAACAGCUCUGUUCAAUCCCUCUUACUUCUGAGGAUUUAGAGGAAGUUGACUUGCUCUAUGUUCGGAAUUUGUAUGGAAUCUUGAAUUUAGACAACAGUGGGAUAACAGAGGAAAAUUUCCUGGAAAUGAUUCCUUUGGAUUCAUUUGUUGGUCAGAGUGCAAACGGUAAGGUUGUUCCAAUAAUUCCUGGAGGAAGUAGUAUACCCUUGACAUUUGGAAACAGGAAAGAGUAUGUAGAGAGAGCAAUUGAAUAUAGACUACAUGAGCUGGAUCGACAGGUAGCAGCAAUCAGACAGGGAAUGUCAGCUAUUGUCCCUGUACCUCUACUCUCUCUACUAACAGAAAGACAGCUUGAGCAGCUUGUUUGUGGGAUGCCGGAAGUGAAUGUAGAUACCUUAAAGAAAGUUGUACGUUACCGUGACAUUGUUGAAAACCAUCAACUACUGAAUUGGCUGUGGCAAACGUUGCAAGAGUUUUCUAAUGAGGAGAGAGUGCUGUUUCUUCGCUUUGUCUCUGGUCGCUCCAGGCUACCAGCCAAUCCUGCAGACAUAACACAGAAAUUCCAAAUUAUUAAAGUGGACAGGCCACUUGAUGGUCUUCCGACAGCUCAGACUUGCUUCUUCCAGCUUAGGUUGCCUCCUUACUCGAGCCAACAGGUGAUGGCUGAACGUUUACGCUAUGCCAUUCAGAACUGCAGAUCAAUUGACAUGGACAACUACAUGCUGUCUAGGAAUGCUGACACUGGAGAAGGUUCCGACAAUGAAUACUGAGACCUGCUAUUUCAGUGCAACCAUAUCAUCCUGAAAAUCAUUCUAUUUUCAAUUAAAGGAAUCUCAGGAGAUUAAGAAAACAUGAACUAAGCAGCUUCCAAAUAACUGAACAUUUUUUAAUGGAUCUUUUCUACUUUGCAGGAUUAGGAGUGGCGGCAACACAACAUUUUACACCAAAUAUGCACCAGUGUUACCUUUUAAGGAAAACUGUUUAAUUUGACUUUGUGCUACCUAAAAUCAGGAAUUACCUAUAUCCUGUAAAAUUGUAAAGUAAUUCUUUCGUAGAAAGCGUGUACAUCUGGUACAGUGACUAAGUGCAGCACUUUUCCUAAUUGAAGCAUCUUGUGUAUAGGACCAGGAUGGAUGAUUGCCAAACAGUAAUCUGAUUAUGGAAACUUGACUAAGUGAAUCUGAUUCUUUGGUACUAAAGUAAUUUUCCAAACCACACUGAACAAUAAAGUAUCUGGCGUGUGCUAACAACAA